AUGUCCGUGUCUGAACCGAUGCGGCGCAUUCGCCUCACGUCCGCGCCCCCUCUCCCUCCUCUCAAGGCCUGGUUUUCAAUUUCCAUCAUCGCUGUAGAUGCCCCCGUCUCAGACCUCAAGUCCCACCUCUGCUCGACCCUCCAAAUCCUUCGCGAUGCAGAGCUUCAGGCGAGCGACAUCGAGCUUCUGUUCGACGACUUUGAGCUGCUCUCUGAGUCGCGAGUAGACGUCUUGCGGGACGGCGACUUGGUCUGCAUUCAUCAGAAACCAAAAAACGCGAAGCGCAAAGCGCCCCCCUCUCAGUCGCCCUCUCGAAAAAAGCGCCGACUUCCUUCUCCCGUUCCAUCUCCACCCCGUCCUGUUCCUUCGUUGAAGAAGCGCAGCCCACCAUCUCACUCGACAUCCAGCGAAGACUCGUCUUCUGACGAUAGUUCUUCAGACGAUUCCUCGGACACAUCUUCCACAUCAUCGGACUCGGAUUCAGGCUCUGACGCCUCGUCAUCACCGUCCGUCGUCAAAUCGUCCAAACCGCCUCCACGCGGUCAAAAAAGCGAUCAAUCAAUAGCACAUGUGCCCCCAGGAUAUGGCAAGCCUCAGACACGGAGUCGUAACAUUCGACGGCGCAAAAAACGCCAAUACGAACGUGAAGCCGACGAUACGCAGACACCCGCAUCUAUCAUUCCUAUCGCCAGCCCCAACGCAGUCCCACUCGGCUCUAAACCUUCGCUCUCUACCCCUCCCCUUCCCGCCGAAUCCCUCAGCAGACCGGAGCCAGUCGCCAUGAUGUCUCUCUCGAAUAAGAACAAAAGACGCGGAUUUAAAAGGUCAAUGGCAGAGUCGCGUCCCAACCGCAUCGUAUUCGACACCGAGGACAGUACGCCCAUUGCUGCGUCGCCGGUUCCUGGGUUGUCCCGCCCCGCGUCGCGUUCGCACUUGCCCCGCUUGAUCCCGCCAUCGGAGAAGCAGGACCUCGGACUGCUUCCGCCGAAUAUGUUUGUCACAAGCGUGGACGUGGAGGCAGGGUUGUGGCCACGUCGAGAGCAUGCGAAUGAUGAUGCUGGGCAAAAUGGACAUGCUGAUCGGCCUCGACGUGCAAAGCGGCGCAAUAUAGCGCCCGAGAAGGAGUACGAUGAGGGCAACCAAGUCUCGCAGGACACCGCAUUGCCAUACGACGACGAGUCGGCUGCCGCAAUGGGAGCAGCUGAAGAUAUUGACUGGGAUGGUGUCGAACGAAGGUGGGCGACGCUCACAAAAGUUGUGAGGGGCGCGAACAUGUCGCCCGGUUAUUUAGUAGGCUGGAAGGAGCUUGGAAUUCACCCGGUCACGUUGACUCCGGAGAUGUUGCUUUCGAUUGCACGCGUUGUCAGAUGCGAUGAGAGCGAGGUGGCCGUGCAGCAGGUUCGGCGACCAGGGAUGGGGGCAGUGUCGUUUGGAGGACAUGUGGAGGAAGAGGAGGAGAUUGAGGUGUAUGGAUGGAACGACGUGUCUGAAUGGCGAGCGGUGCCGUAG